UUCACUAUUUGUUUUCCUUAUCUAUAUUUGCUUUAUAAUAUUUCUGCAACAUACGUUAUAAACUCUGUUUUGCUAUAGUUUUAUAUAUUGAAGCUAAAAGUAUAGAUGAUGAUACUUCAAAUAUUUAAUAUUUAUAAAUUUUAAAAAUAAAGUUCGUAAUAAUUUGGCAGAAAAACUUCUUAUAAUAUUACAUAAACAAACGAAAACAUGGAACCUAUUGCUAGCACAUCUACGGAAGAAAUUCAUAUCAUUGAGCAAAAUCAAGAUUUAACAUCCACAGUUCAGAAUUCUAAAGAAACCAUAACUGGAAUAUUUAAAUGUUCUUAUUGUUCAUUAGAAGAACGAUUUGAUUUCAAAGGCAUUAAAGCACCAUUUGCACGACAAUUAACCUAUUUAGAAGAAUGUUAUAUUAUGAAAGAUCCUUUUAGUUUACCAAACAAAGGAGAAGUUUUAGUAUUAGGUGCUGAUUGUAAUUUUUGUAAGAAAUCUGUAUGUCUAGGAUGCAGUAUAUAUUUCGGGAAAAGAUUUUGUUUAAAAUGUGCAUCAAAUAAUAUACAAAAUUUGCCACCACAACUUCAUGCUAAAAUAAAAAAUUUAAUAAAAGAAAAAGAUUCAUAAAAAUAAUAUUUUAUUAAACAUUAAAUACGUCCUUUUUUUCUCUUUUGCGUUUGAGAAAUACAUACUGAUGAAAGUUUUAAAAACGUUUAACUGUUUUGAUUCAAUAAGAUAAUGCUGUUGCAACUUAUCAUUCUUAUAAGUUACAAUGAGUUACAUAUGUAUUAAAAUUAAUUAAAAUUAUUUUUUAU